AUGCUCCUCUCUCGCGCCGAUGAUGGCGGCCUCUCCGACUUCAAGUACUACUACUACACGCCCACGAUGGCCGGCGCGGUCAUCUUCAUCCUCCUAUUCCUGCUCGCCACCACCAUCCACUUCUACCAGAUGAUCCGGACGCGGACGUGGUUCAUGAUUCCGUUCUGCAUUGGCGGCCUCUUCGAAGUAAUCGGCUACAUCGGCCGCGCACUGUCAUCCAACGAAGCACCCGACUUUACGCUUGGCCCGUACAUCAUUCAGAGCAUUUUCCUUCUCGUCGCGCCGGCCCUCUUCGCUGCAUCUAUCUACAUGGAACUCGCUCGCAUCGUGCAGAUGGUGGAUGGUGACCAUGCUCUGUUCAUCCGACGCCGUUGGUUGACUUGCAUCUUCGUAACGGGCGACGUCUUAUCCUUCUUCAUGCAAUCUGGUGGUGGCGGCCUCCUAGCACAGGGCGGCGACAGCAUCAACACCGGCGAAUCACUCAUCAUGGGAGGUCUGGCGCUCCAACUCGUCUUCUUCUUCCUCUUCGUCGUGGCUGGUGCGAUCUUCCACGCUCGCGUUCGUGGCAACCCCACUGAGAAGUGCAAGCGCUACCCAUACGAGAAGCACCUGUGGAACCUCUACAUCGUCAGCGUCCUGAUCUUCGUCCGAUGCCUCGUUCGUCUGGUCGAAUACGGCCAGGGAUGGCAAGGCUACAUCAUCACGCACGAGGCGUUCCUCUACAUCUUCGAUGCGUUGUUGAUGUGGCUCGCCAUGUUUGCAAUGUUCUUCCCGCAUCCGUCUGAGGUUGCAGCUAUCAUUCGGGGACACGGCAAGUAUGCGGUUACUGUGAUCUUCACGAGAGAUAUGUAA